AGCCACAAACAUUCCCCAUGGGAAAGGGCUCCAAACCCACUCCAUGGUGCUUCGAGGAGGAAAGACCCCCCGUGUGCUGGGAAGGUGGCUGGAGCUUCAACCAGAGCUCUGAUCUGGUGGUCCAUGAGCAGCUUCACAGCAGAGAGAAGCCCUUCGUGUGCUAGGAAUGUGGGAAGAGCUUUAGCUGGAGGUCCCACCCGAUCCGCCACCAGAAGAUCUGCACCAGGGAACGGCCCUACACAUGUGGGGAAUGUGGAAAGAGCUUCAGCAAGAGCUCCAGCCUCACGUACCACCAGCGCUUCCACAGUGGGGAACGGCCCUACAAGUGCUUGGAAUGUGGGAAAAGCUUCAGCCAGAGCUCCCACCUCCUCACCCACUGCUGGCUGCACACAGGGGAACGGCCCUACAAGUGCCUGGAAUGGGGGAAGAGCUUCAACCGCAGCUUCAGCAUUGUCAUCCACCAGCGUGUCCACACCGGGGAACGGCCCCACAAAUGUCCUGAGUGUGAGAAGAGGUUCCAGACCAGCUCUGAUCUCCUUCUGCAUCAACGAAUGCACAUAGAGGAGAGGCCCUUCCACUGCACUGACUGUGGGAAGGGCUUUGUCUGCAGCUCUGACCUCAUUAAGCACUGGCGGCUACACACAGGGGAACGGCCCUACAAGUGCCUGGAAUGUGGGAAGAGCUUCAACCGCGCUUCAGCCAGCCUUGUCAUCCACCAGUGUGUCCACACCGGGGAAUGGCCCUACAAAUGUCCUGAGUGUGAGAAGAGGUUCCGGACCAGCUCUGAUCUCCUUCUGCAUCAACGAAUGCACACAGAGGAGAGGCCCUUCCGCUGCACCAACUGUGGGAAGGGCUUUGUCUGCAGCUCUGACCUCAUUAAGCACUGGCACAUCCACACCGGGGAUAGGCCGUACAGGUGCUUGAAGUGUGGGAAGAACUUAAACCAGAGCUCUGCCUUGACCUCACAGCAAAUGACCUCACACCAAAUGACCCACUGGUAA